CUGAAAAAGAUUCCAGCAACACGGCUUUCACGUUUGACACCUGCUCUGGCCAACUUUGACCCUCUACUCAAUGAAUACUUCUUCGAUCGUCACCCCGGUGUUUUUGCUCAAAUUUUGAAUUACUAUCGCACCGGUAAGCUGCAUUAUCCUACUGAUGUGUGCGGCCCAUUAUUCGAAGAGGAAUUGGAAUAUUGGGGUCUGGAUGCAAAUCAGGUCGAGCCGUGCUGUUGGAUGACGUACACUCAGCAUAGGUCGGGCUAUAAAUCUUUGCUGGAUGGUGAUACAUUUUUAAUAAUUUCUGUUUCGUCUCAGUGACA